AUGGAGUCACGAGAAACGUCCGAACUUCAGCAAUUAGUGUCCAGUGACGCAGAAAACGAGGACAGUAUCAUUCAAGAUGAAGCCGAAGGAAAAAUAACGUCGCCAAUUAAAAGCAAUAAAGUGGUAUCUUCUUCUGGCAAUACGAGCCGCAGUUCUAUUAUUCACGGUAGAAAAGGACAGACAGGAGUAGCCGGUUCCAAAAUCACGUUUGUUAAUGAACGAAAGAUUAAAGAUAGUAAUAAAAACUCGACUAUACGAGCGAGAAAUCCACACAAAGUAGACAAUCCCGAUAAUACAGAUACUAGACACCAUUCUUUUAUCUCCCAAGUUCCCGAUGUUCGACAUAUGGAAAGGGCUCUGCUAGGACUGCUAGCCGAUUUCCAUUCCGGCAAACUGAGGGCCUUCGGCAGCGGCUGCACCAUGGAACAGAUGACGAAUAUCAGAGAGCAACAGGAGAAACUGGCCAAGCUGCAUUUCGAUCUAGCUUCAGCUACAGUGCCCAGCUUGAAGGAGGAAGAUAUUCAGAGUUCGCAGGAUACCAUGAACCAACUUAUGCAGAGAUUAGAACAGCUGAGCGUGUCUAUCGAAGGAUUGCACAAUAAUUCUAGUAAAUAG